CUGCUGCGGAUGUGAAUGGGGGGGGGGGGAAUUAUUACUGUCUGUUUAAUGAACUUCCAUAUUCAAUCCCGUCAAACUGUCCAACUACUCUCACUUAACAGAAAAUCUCUUCAAAUCCGGGUGCUUUUCUCUCAUUAUCAAAUAUUUCUUUUUAGACCUAUUUCUUCCCCAGUUCUCCAAGAUAGAUCUAAAAUAUCCUGUGUGCAGUGCUGUAGUAGCCGUGGUGGUCCCAGGAUAUUGGAGGCUGCCCCCUUGAUUUAUAUACAGACGUUCCCUGUUGUUCUCCAUCCCAGCCCUUACGAAUCUGAACGUGUUAGCUUUUUUGCUGGCAGCUGUGCAUUGAGUGGAGCUUUUCAUUGAUCUGUCUACAGCAACAUGCAGAUCCCUUUCUUGAGUUGUGUAGCAAAUAAUAUGUUCUUCUGAUGCUGCUAGGUGUAAUGCAUGUUCGUAGGGGUUUCUCCUCUCUUCCUUAUUUGUAUUUCCUCUUCCUACUAAUGUUGGGGUGUCCUGCUCCUAUAGGUUUGUGUAUUAAUGAUCUUUUGAUCUUGGGGUCAAAUGUGUCAAUUUGUUGCCAUGGCACUCCUGUUGUCAGACAUCUGUGAAUGUUCUAUCGAAAAGCCUGUGUUAGCUCAUGUUCCUCUGGUUGGCUGAUGUCUUUAUAGAUGAAAUUUCCCUUUAGACACUCUGUUUCCAGUUCUCCAAACCUUAGGGGUGACUGUUAGACCAUUUAUCUGUGCCAGAGUUCAUAAGCCUCAAGCCUUAUGCUAACUGCUCAAGCCAGUAUCGGACAGGAUACAGGCCUGUUGGUUCUUUGCAUUACUGCUGCAUAAAAUAAAUGCUAAAGCUGGAUCUAUGGGCUACAUUUGAUAGUUAAUUUACCCCACAGUGUAUAAGUAGCUGCAGUUUUUCUCUCCAAUGUGCAUUGCUUUGCAUUUAGAAAGACAAGGUGGGUGAGGUAAUAUCUUUUAUUGGACCUGCUUCACUUGGAGAGAGAGACAAAUCUCUGAGCUACACACAGAUGUCGUCUUCAGGAGAGUGGCCUAAAAAAUUGUCCUCCUUUCUCUCUAGCUAUCUAUUUCUAAUUUAAUAUUCCCUGAGAUUUUUUCCAUGUCUCACUAAUAAUAAAAUAUUAACAUAAAAUAUCCUCAGAUUUUGACCUUUUCUCCAAUUUUUGAAUAUACUUAGAAAAGUUUUGCUGAUGUUUCCCAUUUUCUCUCCAUUUGUCAAAUAACAAUAUGAAAUUCACUCUCAUUUUACCUCCUUACCUACUAUUGAUGUUAAAAUCCCUCACAUUUUUCUACUUUCCUUUCUAGUUUGUGAAAAUCGAUCAAAAUUCUCCACAUUUCCACCCUUUUCUCUUUAAUGACUUAACAUGAAUGUCAGUCUUUUUCCAUGUAAUUAUCAAAUGUCUGUUUAAAAAAGACACCUUUUGUUUGGAGAUGUUCCCAUGUUUAGUUGCAGCAAGUUCUCCUGUUUUGGAGGAAUUUGUUGCCUUAGUCAUUCUCUGUCCUGCCGGUUGCAGGGAGUUAAAGGGUCAACUUUCUCCUCUCAUUUGAGACUCAUUUCUUUCGCCCUUUAUCUUCAUUAAAAUGUUUGCUGAUGAAAGUGACUUGCCCCAUAUUCAAUAGACAUCAAAGCCAGAGGCCUCCCCCUCUUUCGGGGAAUGGUAUCUCCCAGCUGCUCACAGGACAGUUGGCUGGACCCUUUUCUUUUCCUCGGGGGGCACAGGAUGAGGGCUCGGUCUGUGCCUGGCUCCUUGCUGCCCAGGCUGUACCCAGAGUGGCUGAGAAUCUCCAUGCUACUCUGUUAGCCCCUCACCAUGUUCACCAGCAGUAUCCCAAACGCCCAUGACGAAUGGUCUCCAUGAGGGAUGGUUUCAUCCAGUGCCGAGAUGUAGUCGUCUCUGGAGUGGGUCCCUAUUGGCCGUUAUCUGCCAGUCACCGGGCAUGGAAAUUUCUUUAAAAAUGUGGCUCCUCCAUGCCAUGCAUUCUCCUGUGAAAGAAGCAUCGCCCAGGGCUCCCCACACCUGUGUGAAUGGCUGGCAGGGGCUGCUGAUAACUUUCUAUCCAUUUGUCAAUUACUGAUAUGAAAUCACGAUUGGCUUUGCUUCUCUCCCCGUUUUCAAAACUGGAGGAACUUCAAGUUUGGGAGGGAAAACUUUUGGUGUGAAUCCCUCUCAGAAGAAUGGGGUGAGGGAGGAGGACUCUGGCCUCAUCCCUCCUGAGCCAUGUUUCUGGUUUCACUCAGACCAGUGUUAAUCGAGAGACACUUCAAGGAAGAAGAUGCAGUGACUCCAGAUUAAUGGGGGCAAAUAAAAUCAGGAUAUGUCCCUGUGCGGAGGGGGUUUCAGUUGUUGCUAAAGGGGCGGGGGGAAGCCCUGAGUCUCUGUCUGACUGUGUCUCUCUCUUCUCAGGAUGUUAGGGUUGAGCUUCCUGGGUGAGACGCUGCUGCCUGCAUUGUGAUCUGGGAGCCCAGUCUGAGCAGCUGUUGCUCCCCCAAUGGGGUCUGGGCUUGGGAGUGAGUUGGAGUGAAGCUUCCUCUGUGCCCAGGCAAGACUAAUACGGCUGCCACUCUGUUACCUAUUUUGGCCCUCCAUGCCUUCCACUCUCCUGUUAAAGAAGCAUCCCCAAGGGCUCCCUCUGCUUGUGUGACUGGCCAGCAGAGGGUGGUGAUAACUUUCUAUCCAUUUAUCAGACACUGAGAAUUUCCCUUCUCACCCGGCCAGGCUGCAGAAUGACGUCCAUGUUUCGCUCCAGUUCAUUCCAUCCUCCCAUGGGACAGGGGAGAGAAAUGGCUGCAGAGGAGCCAGUUCAUGGGCUGGUGACCUUUGAGGAGGUGGCUGUGUAUUUCACUAGGGAAGAGUGGGCGCUGCUGGACCCCGAUCAGAGAGCCCUCUACAGAGACGUCAUGCAGGAGAAUUAUGAGAAUGUGACCUCGCUGGCAGGGUUUCCAGUAUCCAGACUGGAUGUGAUCUCCCAGGUGGAACAAGGGGAAGAGUCAUGGGUCCCAGACCUCCAGGGUUCAGAGGAAAGAGAGAUCCUGAGAGCACCCUACACAGGAGGUGAAGCAAUGGUAUGUGACAAAGAGGAGCAGAAUUCUCAGCAGGAAGAUGCUGGGCAAGUGGAUAAACACAGAGAAUUAUCGCAAAGAUUGAAAAGGAAUGUGUCCAGGAGUAAUGAGCAGGGAAAAUCCUGUGAGAUUCAGCACCGACCAGAGAGAGAGGAGGGAAACCAGCCAGGGGAGAAAGUGGAUAAAUGUAUUUCCUGUCAGGAAACUCAGAAGGACAUCAAGCAAACCACAGCCCAGCAGGAAAUCCUCAGGGGAAAGAAGAAACAUACAUGCACUGACUGUGGGAAAAACUUAUGUGACAACUCAGCCCUUAUAAAGCAUCAGAGAAUCCACACAGGUGAGAAACCCUAUGAAUGCACUGAGUGUGGGAAAAACUUCACUAACAGAUCAGCCCUUCUUAAUCAUCAGAGAAUCCACACAGGGGAGAGGCCCUAUGAAUGCUGUGAGUGUGGAAAAUGCUUCACUAAGAGCUCAGCCCUUUCUGAACAUCAGAGAAUCCACACAGGGGAGAGGCCCUAUGAAUGCAGUGAGUGUGGGAAAAGCUUCACUCACAGAUCAGGCGUUUUCCUCCAUCAGAGAAUCCACACAGGGGAGAGGCCCUAUGAAUGCUGUGAGUGUGGGAAAUGCUUCACUAGCAGCUCAGCCCUUUCUGAACAUCAGAGAAUCCACACAGGGGAGAGGCCCUAUGAAUGCCGUGAGUGUGGGAAAAACUUCACUCAGAGAUCAGGCCUUUUUCUCCAUCAGAGAAUCCACACAGGGGAGAAGCCCUAUGAAUGCUGUGAGUGUGGGAAAACCUUCAAUCGCAGCUCACACCUUAUUAGGCAUCAGAGAAUCCAUACAGGGGAGAGGCCUUAUGAAUGCAGUGAGUGUGGGGAAAGCUUCACUAACGGCUCAGCCCUUUCUGAACAUCAGAGACUCCACACAGGGGAGAGGCCCUAUGCAUGCAGUGAGUGUGGGAAAAACUUCACUCGCAGAUCAGGUCUUCUUCAACAUCAGAGAAUCCAUACAGGGGAGAGGCCAUAUAAAUGCAAUGAGUGUGGGAAAAGUUUCACUAGCAAAUCAGCCCUUUCUGAACAUCAGAGACUCCACACAGGGGAGAGGCCCUAUGAAUGCAGUGAGUGUGGGAAAAACUUCACUCACAGAUCAGGCCUUUCUGAACAUCAGAGAAUCCACACAGGAGAGAGGCCCUUUGAAUGCCGUGAGUGUGGAAAAUGCUUCACUAACACCUCAGCCCUUUCUAAACAUCAGAGAAUCCACACGGGGGAGAGGCCCUAUGAAUGCAGUGAGUGUGGGAAAACCUUCAUUCGCAGCUCGCACCUUAUUAGGCAUCAGAGAAUCCACAUAGGAGAGAGGCCCUGUGAAUGCAGCGAGUGUGGGGAAAGCUUCACUAAUAUCUCAGCCCUUUCUGAACAUCAGAGAAUCCAUCCAGGGGAGAGGCCCUAUGAAUGACGUGAGUGUGGGAAUACCUUCUCUUGGCACUAAGCCCAUGUUAGCUAUCAGAGAAUCUGCACGGGAGAUCAAUACAAUAAAAACCUCUAGGGCUAUCCGUACUUUUUUUUCUUUAAUACUUUUCCUGAUUCCCACAUAGUAACUUUUAAAGCAGCUUGAACUGUUUGCAGUCUCAUUUUCCCUUAGCUUGUCCAGGUGAGGGGCCCAUUUUUGCCUUUUGCAGUUUGCCCUGUUCUGAGGUGGACCCAUUUGUCCUUUCUAUCAAUUCCAUUGUCUCAUGAGUAAUUUGAGUGUGCCCUUCCUAUCAGGAACCAGGGAGCAUCACAUUUAUAGCAUUCCUCUUAUUGCAAAGUUAUUGUUAGUCACCAAUGAUACAGAUUGUAUCAUUGCCAGUUCUUCUCACGUUGCUCUGGGUUGUGCUGAAAAGCAGUUAUAUUGGGAACUUUUCAAGUUUUAUUUAAAUGAAGAGGGGCAGGGAAAAAAGUGUCCUUUCAGCCUCUGACGCUGGAAGGAGACACGGUAACUCAGAGAUUCCCUCCUUCCCCAUCACUGCAGAACUGUUACCUCUUGUCUGAGCCAUGCAGAGUUUAUCUUCAUCACAUUCUAUCCCUCCAUGUCUCAAAGUGUCAUGUGAUGAAGCGUUCUCAGUUGUCUGUGCUUGGAGAUGAUACUUUGGCUUCUUUAAUCCUAUAUCAGAGUCGCUAUGACUGGAGAUGAAAGUGUCAAAGACCUGGAAGGGGAAUUCAAAUGGUUCCCAAGCACAGUGUGAUCAUCUGGAGUUUAAAUCCUAGGUUCCAUCUAUUGGUAAAGUCAUUUCUGGCAAGGUGGCUGUUUUGUCCCCCAUUAUGGGGGUGCUAGGAUACUAAAAUUUUGUAAAUAACAUAGCUGACUAUUGAGACAGUCUGAGUGAAGCUGAUUUGAAUGGAUCAGAGGAGAAUGUGAUGGGAGAAUCUCUUGUCCUGAUUCUGAAUAAUCAGGUGUAACCUGCCCUGAAAUUUCACUUGACACUCUCAUUGUCAUGUAUUCUAUCUCUCUGUGACAUGGCUUUUUAUCUUUCCUGAAGAGUGUUUGGUCACCCAGUUGGAUACUAGUUCUGUUUGAUACGAUGUAGCUCAGAUUUAUUGGAGAAUUUUAAGACAAAUGGCCAUUUGCUAAAGUCAUAAUUUCUCACUUCAGCUUUGCUUUUUCCCCAUCCCUCCAUGAUGACAUGGAGACAGUUCAAGUACAGUUCUGUCAACAGGAGAGAACUCUCCAAUUUACCGACAUGCUAACAAAGAAACAGUAGUCAUUUAAAAUCUCCAAUCAGAAAUUAAGAAAAACUGGGCAUGUUUUUGGAAGUCAUUCCUUACUAACACUGCUGAGAUUUUGAGUGGUUUUGUAAAGGAUUCUACUUCAGAGAAAUGUAAAUUUACCCUAACCAAGGCCAAGGAUUUGAAAAAAACUGGGGUUGAAAGAAUACACACUCAGUUCUUGGUUUCCACCCCAGUAAAGGAAGCUAUGGUGACCAAUGACCCCAGGAAAAUUGCUUGUACAACUCCACUUACUAGUUCAGUGUCACUGAUUACAGUUCCAAGGAUGCCAGGGUUCGAUUGACAACAAUCGCCAUUCAUCGUUUGGGAUCCACGGGGAAGGAAUGUCCUAUGAAGCACUCCGUCUUUGGAUCCAAACUGGCUGCCUGAGUGGGUAACAAGGACUUUCAGGCUGCAGAAAUGAUGGUAACCAAUGAGGCAAUGAAUGUGUCAGGCUCUAUUUUCAGACUUCUGGAUACACACAUGUUGAGUCCUUAUUCUGUGGUUUUGUGUCUGAUGCGAUGGAUACACAAUAAAGCUGAUGUUGGCGCAGCUGCACCAAUGCUAUUACAGACGCUCUCAGCCAGUGGGAGAGAUCUCUCCCUCUAUCGGACUUUCUUAGUCCACCCCCCACAAGCGGCAGUGGCGAUGUUGGCAGGAGAAGCGCUCCUGCUGAUGUAAUGCCAUCUACACAGGGGGUUAGGGCUGUGUAACUACGUUGCUCAGCUGUAUUGAUUUUUCACACCUGUGAGCAAUAUAGUUAACUGAUCAAGGUCUUUAGUGUAGACCAGACAGUUUUCUCUUGUGUUUUAUGCAUUUACAUCACUUCUCCUCUACCUCCUCCUACUUUGAAACAUUAACAAGUUUGAAAAGAGAGAUUUUUCCUCAUGAUGCAAACAUUCCCACCUAGGAGACCCCUUCCACCAAGACACAUGGCAGAAGAACCAGAGAUAUAUGAACUUACAGCAGUGGUUGGGACCUACGUUGGGCCAAACCACAACUUAAGCCAAGGUUCAGUUGUUGGCAAUGGGGAUUAAAAGAAAACUAACAUAUAUGACAAGAAUUUGUGAUCUUUGAAUAUAUUUGUGUUACCACUGAAAAUGAAAUUAUAGAUGAAGUUAUUGGUUAAAGAAUAAGAGACUCAUGAUAAUCUGAAUUAUUUCGGAAAACUGAAAGUUGUCUUGUUUUUUGUUUUGUUAGUCAUACAGGAAAUGAUUUCUUAUCUUGGAAAAGUUAAUUUGAUUUAAUUUACCCCCUGUAGUAUAAGGAAUUCUGGUAGAAAACCUCACUCCAAAGGUUAGGGUGGGAGAAUGUGUGUGAAAAAGAGUGUAUAAGAGAAUAUUGGCCCAAUGAAAACUACUCACAGAGACAAGCUGUAUAAUUUUUUACCUGCUUAGACUGUAAGGGUCACUGACUUCCCCACUUCUCUCAUUUGCAAAGGAGAGGCAUGACAUCUGUCAUAGGAUGUGACCAGCAGGUGGGAAAACUUCAAUCAUCAACCAUCAGUAUUAAGGAAAAGGUUGAAGUCCAUUGCCUUUCAUAUCAAAAAGCCAUCUAAAGGCUUGUCUACGCUGAAAAGCUACGUUGACAUGGCCACAUUUGUUAGGGGUGUGAAAAAUCCACUCUGCUGAGAGAAGUAGUUAAUGUGACCUUAGACCCAGUGAAGACAAUGUUAGAUUCUUAGAAGAGUACUUCCAGUGUUUGAAGUGUAGACAUAGCCUUAGACAGAGCGAUCCCCUAUGGGAAGCGAGUUGUGACAUCAAUUCUAAUUUUGACUCAUCUCCCUGUAUGUGAGAAAGCUACUAGUAUGGAGGGCGGAGCCAGCUGUCCGAUCGCCUGGUUCCUCAACUGUAGCUGCAGCUCUUAGAACCCAUCAGUCCAAAGACUGAGAGAAAUGGAGAGUUCCAACCAUUGCCAUUUUAGUAUCAUAUUGUUCCUUUCCCUCUUUUUUGUGCUGGCCUUUCUGUUAUAUCAGGGUGUGACGGUAUAGCUCAGUGCAUGUGAGACAAAAACUCAUUGGUGCCGAUUGCCAAAUGGGUCACUGUUGUUCACAAGCAACUUCUGUAUCAGACUUGAGAAACUCACCGCACCUAAUACACUGAUUUUAUGAUAUUUAUCCAGGAAGCAUAGCAGUGAGAUCUCUACUGAAAGCUUGUUAAUUACUGAUACUCCUAAUCACUGAGAGAGGUGAGUAUGAGUCAUAUUGAAGGAGUAAUGCAAGUGCAUGGAAAAUUAUACCCAUAUGGUAUUGUCAUGAAAGUGAGUCACUCCAAUCAUUGGUCUUGUGGGGGACGGCCCAUUCCAGUGGGAGGGAAUUGUCACCCCUCCCUUGCUAGCUAAUUAUGCAAUGUAUUGCUCCAUUGUCAACCUUUACACCAACCCAGAAAAGCCAAUGGAAAACUGUGAAAGCCAAACUGUAGACAUCAAAACCCUGUGGAAGUGAAAAGGCCAAUAUGACAAUGAGGAAAUCAUCCUUUCUGCAAAUAAAGACAAAAGACUGCUUCAGUUUAUGACAAAAGAGAUCCCUAACAACCAGUGGUGAUUUUUAUAAAAGGCAGGGCCCUGGCUCCUAGGGACUAGCAAUCACUGCAACAGACUGAAAUGUGAGGUGAGACUCUACUUAGAUCGGGAAAGGUAACUAUUAAAAAGUGUAGGUUGCAUUUUGUGAUUUUGUUUUGUUGGUAACGAUUGGUUUCCGUCACUCACAUUUGUUUCUGUUUAAAUUUCUCUCUCUUGUUAAAUACAUUUCUGUUUGUUCAAUAACUGUA